UACUGUGAAGGGUGUAACAGGAAGUAGCUCCGCUUUGGUCCACUAGUUUCCCGGAGUAACUCCCCAUCAGCGCGCUCCUGCCCGCACCGGAGACAUGGGACUGAGGAGUCACCGAGGGGGAAACUCUUCAGCGACUCAACACAACAAACCAAACUAAGGAAAGCAGCUGUGGCUCACCAUGUCGUCCGGACUCUUAAUUUUCUUACCUGAGUUUUUAACUUUAACUCAGUGACUUAAAAAAAAAAAAAAAGGACCGGAAGAGAAGCUAGAUAAAUGACAUCCGUGCAUUUUUGAUUACCUGGGGCAAAGUGCCACACCUUCGCUCACCAAGACAGCUCCACGACACAGCUAGCCAAAUGGGGUGCCAAUGCUGCCGGAUGAUUAAAAGCUACGUCUACGACCCCUCAGCUCCAGUGGACAUGAGGAAGAGCGACUCCACAGGCAGCUCGCUCUACCAGCCCCAUCGCCGCCCGGGCGGGGCCCCAAACAGGGACCUAUAUGGUGAUGCCAAGCAGAAGCAUGGCUUUCAUAACAUGGCUUACAGCAAGUCCAAUGAGAGCACACUAAAACUAGAAGUUGACAACAACCAUGUCAACCAAAGACUGCACCGUCAGGGGAGUAUACCACCGACAGAGGGAGGGCUCUACAUCAUCCAGCCACAAGGGGUGGGGCAGCAAUGGAUGACGCAGGAAAAAGGUCUGAGCCAGGUGCCCGUGUACCCCAGCGUAGAGAAUUACGAGAUCCAGAGGAGCCAAGCGACGAGUAACGGGUGGACAAGCUCCGAGCACCGGCUCAGCAGCACCGAGCUUUCAGCAGACGAGAUAGACGAGGGUGUGGGAGGGACCCCGGAGUACCUGUGUGACACGGGGGACGAGGGCAGCGUCUUGUCAGUGGACAUCCAAACCAGCAACACCAGCUUGUCCUCAGGGGGCACGAGGGACGAGCUCGCGCUGACAAAGACUCCCGACGUCUCCACGAUGGAGAGCGGGAUCUCGGUGUCGAAGAGCGAGGACGAGGAGCAGGAGGUGCAGAGCAUCACGGACUCGAUGGUGGCAGAGGCUCUCGCUGCUCUGGAGGCCGCCACGGCAGGAGAGGACUAUGAGUGAAGGGCGAAUGCGCUCACCCACCACAUAAAAAACUCUGAGGACUCAAAAGAGCAUCAAAACCACGAUGAGACGUUGCCACGCUUCUGGAGAAUAACGCUCACAUCUAAGAACACGGGAAUGAAUGGAAACUCUGUUUACAACAAAGAUAUAUUUUUGAACCCUUGGAUAUUUUUUAAGCUGUGGUUAUACUGACAGAAGAUAAUGUGUGCCUUGUGAAGGAGGCUACAUUUCCAAAGCUUCAAGUUUUGCAUGAAGCCACAACCAAAGAGACGUCAGAGUGCACGCUGAGUUUGACCUGCAGUGCACCCAACACUCCGCACAGUCCCAAUAAGCCUGGAUGUGCUCGUCCACACACACACACACACAC